GCAAAACAUUUUGCAGGCACGCGAUUGGCCACAGACAAGCGGCUCCGUUCGUCCGCUCGUCCGUUCGUUGGUGCCCUACAUUCCACGCGCCCUAAAUCCCUCUGUUUCCACUUCGCGCGCAACCAACACCGCUUGCAGCUGCGUCUUAUUGCGCGGCGCCGUCGAAGCUGGCCACGCACUCGCGGCUGCCGCCCUGCCUCGUGCGUCCCGUCCAUCGCACUCCGCCCCCCAGGCCAGCAUGCUGAGCGCCGUGAAAUUCGUUCGGGUUGACGGCGGCGGGGAGCAGUGCAAGGUGAAGAGCGGGGAUAAGGGCAAGCCGAGGAGGGGGUCGGACGACUCGAGCGACAGUGAGCGCGAGAGGCGGCGAAAGAAGCGGAAGAGGGAGAGAGGGGGGAAAAAGGGGAAGCGGAAGGGGCGGCGAGGGAGAGAGAGCGAGGCGGAGGAGGGUGAAUCGGAGAGCGAGGAAGAGCGGGCGCGGAGGAAAUCGAGGAGGAGGGAGGAGCGGCGGAAGAGGCGGGGCAAAUGGACUGAGGACGUAUCGGACGGCUCGGACGGCUCGGAUGAGUCGGAUGGAUCGGAGGAGGCGGAGGAGGAGCGCGAGGGGAUGAAGGGCGGAGCGGCAGCAGGCUCAGGAGCAGCGCAGCAGGGGGAGGGGGAGAGGGCGCGCGAGACAGCGGGGCUGGAGUGGAUGCUGCGCGCGCCACAGCGGGCCAUGGGGGGGGACAGGGCGGAGGAGAGGGAGGAGGAGGGCAAGAAAGAGCUUCCCCUGGGCGCCAGUGCGCGCGAGCUCAACCCCUACUUCAAGGCCGGCGACGGCUUCCCUGAUGACCACGCCACCCUCCCUGCCGCCCAACCACCAGUGUCUGCCCGCCCAGCGCCGCUGCCCGGUGUGGGCGAUGGCGGCGCCAGCUGGCGGGUGAAGGCUCUGCGGCGCGCCAAGGAGCAGGCGGAGCGCGAGGGGAAGCGGCUGAGCGAGGUAGUGUGUGACCGGUGGGGGUCGCUCUCCUCCCUCACGGCGCGCCUCUCCUCCGCCCGCGCUGCCCCCGCCUUCGCCCACAAGCACGCCGCCAGGGACCGAGAGCGGGGCCGGGGGGGGGGGCGGGAGGAAGGGGGGGAGGGGGGAAGGGGUGCGAGUGGCGCGGGAGAGGUGGAGGGAGGGAUGGAUGGAGACAAGGAGGGAGGCAGAGGGGGCAAGGGAAGGGCAGGGAGGGGAGGAUGGAGGCAGCAUGGCGAGCAGGAGAGAGUGGGGGUGGGGCGCGGUAGGCGGAGUGGGGCGGAUGAGGGGGAUGAGGAGGAGGAGGAGGAGGAGGAGGAGGAGGAGGAGGAGGAGGAGGAGGAGGAGGAGGAGGAGGAGGAGGAGGAGGAGGAGGAGGAGGAGGAGGAGAGGAGGACGAGGGCGGGCAGGAGGGGGUACCUGGCGGCGCGCAGCGUGAACAGCUUCGAGGACGACGGGGGCUUCCUGGCGCGGCAGCUGGCGCACUCACAGGCGCCGCAGGGAGGGGCGCAGGGGGGUGCGGGCGGGGAGAGGGCACGGGGUGGCAAGGGGACGGAGGGUGGUACUGAACCGGCCGCUGCUGCACCUGCGGCUGCACCUGUGGGUGCAGCUGUGGGUCGGGGUGCGGGUGCGGGUGCGGGUGCGGGUGCGGGUGGUGAUGUGGGCGAUGCACGGGUGCAGGAGAUACUAAGGGAGGGGCUGACGGCCAACCAGAUGGCAGCGAAGGCCAUGCGGCUCAAGCUGAUGGGCAAAGCCGAGGAAGCCCACUGCUGGCAGCGAGCAGCGGCAGUCAAGUCCCAGCCCCCUCCGGCAACGCCAUCGACGCCAGCUGCACCUGACGCAGCCGCAGCGCAACCCCAGGGCACAGGGGAGAGAGGCCGGGGUGAUGGGGUCCACGAGAGGGCGAGAGAGCGAGGGGGCGGAGAGGCGGAGGAGGGGGAGGGAGAAGGCGAGAGUGGUGGUGAGAGGGAGGUGGUUGUGCUGCCGCUGGUGGACGCGCGUGGGCGGUACCUGCCGGCUGUGAUGGCGGCGGGAGGGGGGCGGGGCGAGGAGAAGGCGGGGCGGCGGGAGAAGCGCGUGGAGCGAUACGGCGUGGAGGGUGGCACGGGGCAGCGGGCCAGGUACUUCCGGGACGACGACACCACCUCGCUGGACCAGCUGCUGGCCGCGGAGCGGGCGGGCGGGGGCAGCGCAGGCGACCUGGGGGGGCUGGACCGGCGCGUGGCGGGCAGCAUCGUGCGUGCGGGGGCACGGUACAAGGGGCCAGUGGACGCGGAUGACGAAUACGACUGGGACGAGGGGCUGCAGGGCGGGGACACGGGGGGAAGGCGGAAGGGCAGGCCCUCACAGCAGCAGCAGGAGAAGGCGGGGCAGGUAGCUGAGCACCGGCGGCUGUCAGCGCUGCAGCAGCGCUGCCAGCAGUGCGUGGACAGCCCUGCGCGGCCGCGGCACCUGGUGGUGUCGGUGGCGGCGCACAGCUACCUGAUGGUGCCGCCGUGGGGCGCGCUGCUGCCCAACCACGUGCUCAUCGUGCCCUGCGAGCACGAGGGCAGCAUGCGCACGGUGGAGGGGGCGGUGUGGGACGAGGUGCGCAACUUCAAGAAGUGCCUCACGCGCAUGGCCAUGGCGGGGGGCACUGCUGCCACCAGGGGCGCACUCGCUCAAGUCAUCUUUCUGGAGAGUGCGGUGGGCGUGGCCGGGGGCGCGGGGCGGCAGCGCAAGCACUGCUUCGUGGAGGCCAUCCCCGUGCCGCCCAGCGUCAUGGAGCAGGCGCCGCUCUACUUCAAGAAGGCGCUGGACGAGGCGGAGAGCGAGUGGAGCGAGCAGCACAGCAAGCGCAUCCUGGACACGCGCGCCAUCAGGGGCGGGCUAAGGGCCGCCAUCCCGCCCAACUUCCCCUACUUCCACGUCGAGUUCGGCCUCCAGGGCGGGUACUGCCAUGUCAUAGACGACGAGAGCGCGUUCAAGGCGUCGUUUGGGCGCGAUGUGAUCGCGGGCAUGAUGGACAUGGACCCCGACAGGUUCGGCGCCAGGGCGCGCGCCACAGGGGGGAGGGGCGGAGUGGGGACUCGGCUGCAGGAGCUGCAGCAUAGUGUUGAGAAUUUCAUCAAGGAGUGGAAACCGUUUGAUUGGACCAAGAUGCUCGAUGGAUGAGGGUUCGUACGUACUUGUGAACAUAGAAUAACACGUUCCUCAGCAUAGCAUGAACCAUUUGUGCAUCGAUCUGAUAAUAACUGGGACAUUUGAGUAAAUUGCACUAUAAGAG